UGAGUCAUAACUAACGCGUUAAAUAAUUACCUACCUCUUCCGUAUCCAAUAAAAAUCACUCUCUUCCUUCUUCUCCCUCUUUCAAAUCUUCUGUGCUAUAUCCUUUUUCUUUUCUUUUUUCUCUUGCCUUCUUUUUCCUUUAUAGAAAAACUUCAUCAUUUUCUUGUACUCGCUACAUAUGGAAAAGAUUGAAGAAUCAAGAAACAAGAAAACCCAUCAAGAAAAUCCAAAACCAACACCAAACCUAAACUUAAAACAAGAACAACAGCACCGACGUAAGGCUUUUGUUUGGGAUUGUGGAAGCACUCUUUAUGAUUCUUUUGAGCUUAAAUCUUUUGAACGUCAACUCUGCUCUGCUAUACAUUCAAGAACCUUAUCCAUGCCUCAUUUACCUGACAGAAAAGUGGCAGCUGCCGCAGACACGAUGAUCCCUCCUCCUUCUCUUCCUCCUGUAACCAAGAAGCCCUCGAAGAUUUCUCGGUCACUUAAUAAGCUCCUCAAAUCUGUGUUCAAGUCUAGACAAAAUUCUACUGGGCUGUUUCGUUUUAGAGAUCGACCAGGCGAUGAAUACUGUGCCGUUUAUGAUAAGUCUGGUGCUCUUUCCACCAUCCCUGAGGUUCCUGAGAUUGACUUCGGUGGGUUUUCUCCGGAGAUUAAUUCCCUGGUGAGGAGAAGUGAGUCGGAGAGAUUCACGGCGACUUCAGUGAUGGGUAUAUCAUGUGCUUAAUAGGGGCUAUAAAUUACCCAUAAUUUGACUUAUUUAUUUAUUUAUUAUGAUUUUGUCAGAAAUGUUUAGAUUUCCUAAUUUUAUGUUUCUUUAGGAUGUAAUACUAUUAUUCAUGCAUGUGUAUGUUGCUUUAAGGGUUUAAAAACUUUGAUCCAGUUCAUGGUUAAUUUAAAUAAUGAUGAAACUGAGGGAUCGAAAGUCAAUAUAUAUAUAUAUAUAGUUUGAGUUCUUUUGAA